AUACGUGAGUCACAGUUUCCUGACCAAAAAUGUUGAUUCAGCCUCACCACAUUUCUGCCUAACUAUGCUUCUCAAAUCCCUACACUUUCCCGCCACCAAAACCAGACGAGCCUUCAGCACACUCCCAUCUCUCUUAAACCUCUGCACACAACCCAAAACCCUCCACCAACUCCACGCAAGGUACAUCCUUCACGGCCUCCACCAAGACCCACAUCUCUCCUCCCAACUCAUCCACCGCUAUGCCGACCUCGGCCUCCCCUCUCUCUCCCGCCAAGUCCUCAACUCCAUCGCCGACCCGACUCCGCUCCAUUACACCCCAAUCUUGAGAACCUUGUCAAGUUCAGGUGAAUUCGAGAGCACCCUUUUGGUUUACGAUGAAAUGGUGAUGAAGGGUAUGUACCCAGAUGGGGAUACAUACCCUUCUGUGCUGAGGUCGUGUUCUCGCUUUUCGGAUGCGCGAAUUGGAGCAAGGGUUCAUGGGCAUGUGGUGAAACUGGGUUUUGAUUCGUGUCAUCUAUUGGGUUAUGCUUUGGUUGAUAUGUAUAGAAACUAUGGUGAUUUUGAAAAUGAAGGUAAGGUGUUUGAUGAAAUGCCUGUGCGUAGAUUUGAUUCGGUUACUGUGGUUAACUGGUUGAGGUUGAGUGUGGAUUUGAACUCGUUGAAGGCGGGAAGGGCUGUGCAUUGUGUGGCUGUUGUGACCAAUUUGUGUGGGGAUUUGUCUGUGAAUACUGCAUUGUUGUCUAUGUAUGCCAAGUUGGGUGAGUUGGACAGUGCGGAGUUGGUGUUUGAUGAAAUGCCUGAGAGGGAUUGUGUUGUUUGGAAUAUAAUGAUAUCGGCGUAUUCGCGAAAUGGGAAACCUAAGGAAUCACUGGAGCUGUUGAGGUUCAUGGGAAGAUCAGGGGUUGGAGCUGAUUUGUUUACGGCAAUUCCUGCAAUUUCUUCGAUUGCAAGGUUAAGAGCUACCGAGUUGGGGAGACAAAUGCAUGCUCAUGUGAUAAGAAAUGGUUCGGAUUAUCAAGUGUCGGUUCAUAAUUCUCUUAUUGACAUGUACUGUGAAUGCAAUCGUCUCAGUUAUGCAAGAAAGAUUUUUGACCUGGUGACAGACAAGACUGUGGUUUCGUGGAGUGCUAUGAUUAAAGGAUAUGUGACUCAUGAUCAGUCUCUUGAGGCUCUUACUCUCUUUUCGGAGAUGAAAUGUGAUGGAGUCGGAGUUGAUUUUAUUACAGUCAUCAACAUUUUGCCUGCUUGUGUGAGUCUAGGAGCACUGGAGAAUGUAAAAUACUUUCAUGGCUACUCGAUGAAACUUAGCCUUAACUCGCUUUCAUCUGUUAAUACAGCAUUUCUAGUCAGCUAUGCAAAAUGUGGAUGCAUAGAGAUGGCCCGGAAGCUUUUUGAUGAAGAGAACAUCAAUGAAAAAGAUGUAAUCACAUGGAAUUCUAUGAUUGGUGCAUAUGCGAAACAUGGGGACUGGUAUGGAUCUUUCGAACUGUACAACCAAAUGAAGGAAUUGAGUAUCAAACCAGAUCAAGUAACCUUUCUAGGACUACUGACGGCCUGUGUAAAUGCUGGUCUUGUUCAAGAAGGGAAGAAGUGUUUCAAGGAGAUGAUUGAUAUAUAUGGUUACAAACCAAGCCAGGAACACUAUGCUUGUAUGGCGGAUCUACUAGGGCGUGCCGGGCAAGUCAAUGAAGCAAGUGAACUCAUAAAAUCUAUGCCUUUCAAACCCGAUGCUCGGGUUUGGGGCCCUUUGUUAAGUGCUUGUAAGCUGCAUUCAGACACAGGAGUUGCAGAUUUUGCUGCUGAGAAGCUUAUAACUAUUGAACCAAAUAAUGCUGGAAAUCUUAUAUUGCUUGCCAAUAUAAAGGCUGCAACUGGGAAGUGGGAUGAAGUUGCUAAGAUCAGGAGAUCACUUAGGGAUAUGGGACUGAAGAAAACCCCAGGCUGUAGCUGGGUAGAGAUAAAUGGACGUCGACAUGAGUUCCGAGUAGCGGAUCGAUCUCAUCCAAGAUCAGAAGGAAUAUAUGCCAUGUUAAGAAACCUGGAGUUGGAAAGCAAGGAAGCAAAUAUACAGAUAUAUGUAUAGAAAUACCUCCAUAAAUGCUCAUUUUGUUCAUUGGAGGAGCAUUUUUGGAUAUCAAUUUUCAAACAAAAGAUUCUGAAUUCUGUUCUCCACUGUAAAUGGGAUUUUCCAAAGCACA